ACUACUUGUCAAGAAGAGUCUUGUUUUGUUUCUUGAAUGUUUGUAUUGUAUGUGAUUGAAUUUAUCUAAUUGGAAAUUGUUUCGAUAAUCCAAAUAAAACUAUCUGAGACGACUAUAUAAUUUUUUUGUGAUCUGUAUCAACGUUUGUCGUUGUUCGUUAUCGUUAUUCAUUAUGACUAACCUAAAUGUAAACGACAGCACCACCGAUAGUAGUUCAGGUUCUACUUCGGAUUCUAGUAGCAGUGGAAGUUCCUCGACAAGCUCAGGGUCAGGAUCAACUAGUUCUGAUUCUGAAUCCACAAAUUCAGAUACCCCACAAGCGGCUGCUCCUCCACCACCAAAGUCCCCAACAAAAUCCAUUGAUGAAACAAAAAAUAAAGAAGAACCUAAACAGCAGAGGCGUCCAUCUAAAACUAACAAAGUAUCCUCAUCAAGUGAUGAUGACGCUCCAAAAGUUGUAGAUCCUAAGCCUCUCCCACCAAGGAGACGUUGUUCAGCAAAGCCUAAAUCAGCAGCUACAGUUCUUGCAAAAGGAAAACCGGCUCCUCGAGCACCAGUUGGAGCAAAAACACCUAAGCCAGCACCAAAAACAAUCUCAAAGCCUAGUGCAAAAUCAGAUCAGAAAAAGAAAAGCAUAUUUUCACCUGAUAACAGUUCAGAGUCAGACUCUGAAAGUAAGUCAUCUAAAAGUCCUAAAGCUUCACCUAAACAAAAAAGGGGAUCAAGAAAAUCUAGUGAUGAAAAAGAGGCUGCAGUAACUGGAACUGAAAAUGAAGAUAACAAUAGUAAAGACAAUGUAAAACGUAGGAGCAGCAACCGCUCCAGUGGCCCUCCACCAAAAAAACCGGUAGAAGAGAAACAAAGUGCAUCAUCAUGCUCAUCCAGUCAAUCUUCAGUUGAAUCCGUUUCUUCUGAAAGUGACAGUGAACCAACCCCAAAAAAAGAACCUGCAUUAAAAACUGGCAAAACGAAACCACCUCCAAAUGCUAGUAAUAAAGAAAUGCCUAGCAAAACAGAAGAGUCAGUUACAUCUACAAUGCCUAGAAAAUUGACAAGAUCACUAUCAGCACGUGUUUCAAGGUUGGCAACUAUCUCUAGACCCACGCAUACAGACACCGAAUCAGAAGCUGAUGACAAGAAUAAUGAGAGCAAAAGUGUUAAAGAUAAUAAGAAAAAUUUGAAAGGCCGUCCACCAGUAGUACGGUCUCCGGUCACUACUCUACCUCCACCAGAACCAUCUGAAAGGUGUUGCACGGUGCGUGGGUGUGAUUCAACAGGACAUUUGGGUAAAAAACACAUUAAAGAUUACAUUCAUAUUUUUUAA